AUGCCCAGGCUGAUGCGCAAAGGCAACUACGCCGAGCGUGUGGGUGCUGUCGCACCAGUCUACCUGGCUGCCGUGCUCGAGUGCCUGACUGCUGAGAUCCUGGAGUUGGCCGGAGACAUUGCCCGUGCAAACAAGAAGCCUCACAUCAUUCCCCAUUACCUACUCCCCAAGAAGACCGUCAAAGCCAAGUAAAUUCGCUACUGCGGCUUCAACUUGACAACUCAACCUCCAAAGGCUAUUUUAAGAGCCAACCAAUUGAGUGGGUGUAUACACAAUUAUGUCGACUAUUUCUUACAUACAUGGCACUAUAUCAUGAUCCCACAUGAGGCCAUGAAUGGACAAUAACACCUACUAGGCCUUGUUUGCCAUAACAGGCUAGCAUUAGAUUAGAACACAAGAUUUCACUCUUGACUUUGACGACUAUUAUUGCGCGCAAGGGGCCAGCAGUGUGCUAUUGUACGCACGCGCUUAGUGGACUAUUGUUUUGGGCGCCCAGUGUAUUGUGUUGGGCGCGUGGUCCUAAAAAAAAGAAGCAAAGCAUCCCUUCCAGUAACCGACAGAGGAGUCCUCCGCAAUGGGCCAAUCGGGGUGGUGGGGAGAUGGUGUCCAAUCAGCAGAUACAACUGCCGGUUUUAUACAUUUCACAUGGACAUUUCGAGGCUAUACUCCUACUGCAAAUCCACCCUUGGCAAAGCCUACAGGAAGCAGCUCAACGGCAAGUCUGCGCGCAGGAGCGCCUCCCAGUUACAGGCCCGGCACCGUGUCUCAGAGAGAUCCGUCGUUACCAAAGGGCCACUGAGCUGCUCAUCCGCAUUGUGCCCUUCCAGCGCCUGUGGAGAAAAAUCGCCGACCUGCGCUUCCAGAACUCCGCCGUGAUGGCCCUGCAGGAGGCUAGCGAGACUUACCUGGUCGGUCUGUUCGAGGACACCAAACUGUGA